GUCAGUUGAGAGAAACACAUUCAAGAAUACCAUUCACAACUUACAUUUAUUUUGUAUUAACAGAAUGGGGCUUCAGUCCCUUUGUGGCAGAGUCCUUCUGGGACUGUCCCUGUCUUUACUACUCUCUAGUUUCUGCAUUGCUGAUGACAAGACAAUUAAGGUGGUUGGUUUUGGAGAAUGUGCUGAUUGCAAGGAGAAUAACAUUAACACUAUUCAUGCUCUAUCAGGACUUCAUGUAAGCAUUGACUGCAAGCUUGAAAAUGGAGAAAUCAAAACAAGGGGUGAAGGAGAGCUUGACCAAGAUGGCAAGUUUGAAGUGUCACUUCCUAAGGAGAUGAUGAAAGAUGGCAAGCUGAAAGAGGAAUGCUAUGCACAGUUACACAGUGCAUCAGCUGCACCAUGUCCAGCACACAAUGGCAUUGAAUCAUCCAAGAUUGUUACUAUCAAAACUGAUGGAAAACAUACAUUGAAACCAGCUGGAAAUCUCAAGUUCUCAACACCCUUGUGCACUUCUGCUUUCUUGUGGCCAUACUUUAAGUACCCACCAUUGCCACAGUUGCCACCUUUCCCAAAAGAUCAUCCUUGGAUGAAGAAGUUCCCUAAGUUGCCACCAUUCCCACCAAUGCCACCAUUGAAUCACUGGGGCCACCCUUUCCCUCUUCCACCUAUUCCUCCCCUUUUUAAAAAGCCAUGUCCCCCACCACUAGUAAAGCCUCCAGUUCCCGUUUACAACCCAACACCAAAGCCCACACCAGAGCCACCAGUAGUAAAGCCACUUCCUCCUCCAGUUCCCGUUUACAACCCAACACCAAAGCCCACACCAGAGCCACCAGUAGUAAAGCCACUUCCUCCUCCAGUUCCCGUUUACAACCCAACACCAAAGCCCACACCAGAGCCACCAGUAGUAAAGCCACUUCCUCCUCCAGUUCCCGUUUACAACCCAACACCAAAGCCCACACCAGAGCCACCAGUAGUAAAGCCACUUCCUCCUCCCGUUCCUGUUUACAAACCAAAACCAAAGCCUCCUCCAGUUCCCGUCUACAAGCCCAAGCCUAAGCCACCUCCAGUUCCUACUUACAAGCCCAAACCAGAGCCUCCAGUUAAAAAACCAUGUCCCCCUUCAGUUCCAAAACCAAAGCCUCCUCCAGUUAAAAAACCAUGCCCCCCUAAAGUUCCAACUUACAAACCCAAGCCUAAACCAGAGCCACCAGUAGUAAAGCCACUUCCUCCACCAGUUCCAGUUUACAAGCCACCAGUAGUAAAACCCCUUCCACCACCUGUUCCAAUUUACAAAAAGCCAUGCCCACCAUUUCCACACCUUCCACCACUGCCACCAAUAGUGAAGCCACUUCCUCCUCCAGUUCCAGUUUACAAGCCACCAGUAGUAAAACCCCUUCCACCACCUGUUCCAAUUUACAAAAAGCCAUGCCCACCAUUUCCACACCUUCCACCACUGCCACCAAUAGUGAAGCCACUUCCUCCACCAGUUCCAGUUUACAAGCCACCAGUAGUAAAACCCCUUCCACCACCUGUUCCAAUUUACAAAAAGCCAUGCCCACCAUUUCCACACCUUCCACCACUGCCACCAAUAGUGAAGCCACUUCCUCCUCCAGUUCCAAUUUACGUGCCACCAGUAGUAAAACCCCUGCCACCACCCGUUCCAAUUUAUGAGCCACCAGUAGUAAAACCCCUGCCACCACCUGUUCCAAUUUACAAGCCACCAUUUUACAAAAAGCCAUGCCCACCACUUCCACCAUUCCCUAAAAUUCCUCCCUUCCACCAUCCUCUCUUCCCACCACUUCCACCUAAAUUUCCUCACCCAUAGACCAAACAUUAAAUUCAAGAGUUCCUUUGGGUGUAUGUAGGGCUGAAUCUUUUUCUGUUUUAAAACCAUGAAAAUUAUUUGCAAUUCAAUGAAUAAAAUCGACCGCCAAGAGAUAUGAUGCUUGAGAAUGUCAAAGUAAAAGAUCAGAGAAAUAGGGGAGUUAAUUUCACAGUGUUGGUUUGCUUAGUUAAGUUUUCAUGCAAAUGUUUGUAUAUCUUCAAGUGAAUCAUGGUCCGGUAGUGAAUAAUCAUGAUAUGUUGUAUACGUUCAAGAACGGAUCUUUUAAAUUUUCUUGUUAUGUUAUUGUUUAUUCUCAUUCAUAGAAACUUGUAUUACUCAUAUCUUUUUAAUGCAAUGUUGGUUUUUCUUAUUCA